AUCGAUAGUUGUCGUCGAAACAAUCGAAUCGAAUAUUUCAUCAUCGAUGAUGAUGAAAUGAAGAAUUUUUCUUUUGGUAAACAAAAUGGAUCAAAAACAGAAUCCAUCAUCGACGGAUGAAAAUUUAAAUUCAUCAAAAAAGAGAUAUAGACGUUAUUCGUCGGAUGAAAAAGAUGAUGAUAUUGAAUCUGAUUUGGAUAGUUAUGUUCCAUAUGUACCAUUAAAACAACGACGACAAGCAAAACUUGCUGAAAUUAGUCAUAAAAAAUUACUGAUUGCAGGACAUCCAAAUGAAGAAGAUAAAUCACAAUCAUUACCUGGUUCGGAUGAUGAAUCAUCACAACAUGCAAAUCAAACAAAUGAUGUAGAUGAUUUGGAAAAACUUCGACGUGCUAAACUAAGUUUAUUGGAUCAACAUUCCGAAUUGAAGAAAAAAGCUGAAGCUAAAAAAGAAAAUGAUAUUGAAAAACAGUUGAAAGAAGAGGAAAAAAUAUUGGAAAGUGUAGCCGAAAAGAAAGCUUUGAUGGCUGUAUCCGAAUUGGCCAAAGGAAUUCAAUAUCAAGAUCCGAUUGAAACAUCGUGGAAAGCACCGAAAUAUAUAUUGAAACGAUCGGAAGAAAUGCAUGAAAAAAUUCGACAAAAAUAUCGUAUCACUGUGGAAGGUGAACAAUUACCACCAACAAUAAAAUCAUUCAAAUCGAUGAAAUUUCCAAAAUGUUUACUGAAUAGUUUGAAAAAGCAGAAAAUCAAAAAACCAUCUCCAAUACAGAUGCAAGGAUUACCGGCAGUACUUUCUGGUCGUGAUAUUAUUGGCAUUGCGUUUACUGGUUCAGGAAAAACAUUAGUUUUUGUUUUGCCAAUAAUUAUGUUCUGUUUAGAACAAGAAUAUAAAUUACCAUUUCAACGAAACGAAGGUCCAUAUGGUUUAAUCAUAGUACCAUCAAGAGAAUUGGCUAGACAGAUCUUUGAAAUAAUUGAAUUUUAUAGUCAAAGUAUUGUACAAUUGGAUCGAAAAAUGCCUCGAUUACGUACAUGUCUUUGUAUCGGUGGAUUAUCGAUAAAAGAACAAUUGGAAACAAUCAAUCGUGGUGUACAUAUUAUGGUCGCAACACCUGGUCGUUUGAUUGAUAUGUUGGAGAAAAAAAUGGUCAAUCUAAAUGUUUGCCGUUAUCUUUGUAUGGAUGAAGCUGAUCGUAUGAUCGAUAUGGGUUUUGAAGAAGAUAUACGUACAAUAUUCUCGUAUUUUAAUGGACAACGACAAACACUUUUAUUUUCGGCUACUAUGCCGAAAAAAAUACAGAAUUUUGCACGUAGUGCUUUGGUCAAACCGGUAACCAUUAAUGUUGGAAGAGCUGGUGCCGCAUCUAAAGAUGUUGUACAAGAAGUAGAAUAUGUUAAACCAGAAGCAAAAAUUGUACAUCUUUUAUCAUGUUUGCAGAAAACUGAACCACGUGUAUUGAUUUUUGCCGAAAAAAAACAAGAUGUCGAUGCUAUACAUGAAUAUUUAUUGCUUAAAGGUGUUGAAGCAGUUGCUAUUCAUGGUGGUAAAGAUCAAGAAGAACGAUUACGUGCUGUAAAUGAAUUCAAAAGUGGUGAAAAAGAUGUAUUGGUUGCUACUGAUGUUGCAUCAAAAGGAUUAGAUUUUCCUGAAAUUAAACAUGUUAUUAAUUAUGAUAUGCCUGAUGAUAUUGAAAAUUAUGUACAUCGAAUCGGUCGUACUGGUCGUUAUGGACAGAAAGGUAUUGCAACAACAUUCAUCAACAAAUCAGUUGAUCAAUCCAUACUUUUGGAUCUUAAACAUUUGUUAAUUGAAGCUAAACAAAUAUUACCACCAUUCUUGAUUGCAUUGGAAUCGGAUAGUGAAAAAUAUUUGGAAAUGGGUGAUGAAAAAGGUUGUUCAUAUUGUGGUGGUCUGGGUCAUCGUAUAACUAAUUGUCCGAAAUUGGAAGCCAUCCAAAACAAACAGGCAUCAAGUCUUGGACGUAAAGAUUAUCUUGCAAGUGGUUCGGCCGAUUGGUAAUCGAUCAUUUCCAAAGUUUUUUUUUGUAAAUUUAUUUGAUAUUAUUGUCGAUAGAUGUCACCAAUCAAUUCAUAUUUUCAUAAUUUUAUUUUUCAAAAA